AACUCUAGAAAAUGCAGAAAAAGCAGCGUAAAUUUAAGCCUAAAAAGUUCCCCGGGAAACCGAAAAACGGUUCCGUGGCCGUGAAACCGGGAGCAUGGGAAGCGGUCAAGAUCAGUGGCGCUGUGAUUUCGGACGAGGGCGCCGAUCUUGGCGGGUUCAUCGGACUGGAAGUGAUGGAAAACUACGGCAAUCAGUUCCUGCGAACGCCGAAGCUGAAGGAGGUUGAGGAGAUCUUUGAUGAUGAGAGAGACCAACCGAAAAGAAAACGGGCAAAGGACAGCGACAACGAUACGGAUUCCGAUGAAGAUGGUGGUCGCAAAAAGAAGAAAAAAGCCAAGAAACAGGUGAAAACUGUCGCUGUAGAACCGGAAUCGGAAGAGUCUGAUGUGGACGAUGUUCCGGCGAAGAAAAAAACAGUUAAGCAGAAAGUGGAACAGGUCAAGAUUGUCGAUAAACCGACGAAAGCAGUGGUCGCAGCUUCAAAAGUGGAAAAAGAAAAGCAGAAACCGGUAUCGAAUGGCAACGCAGCAGAGGUUAAGCCAUCUGGAUUCUCGAUGCUUUUAAAACCUGAAACCAAUGGAACACAGAAACAACCUAAAAAGAAUGGAUCAGUCAAAGGACAAGCUAAAAAGACUGCUGCAGAAGGCUAUUCUAGCGUGGAGUACAUCCGUUGGAUAGAGCUCGGUGUAUCGGAACCGAUAGUGAAGGCAAUCGCCGAGAAGGGCUUUAAGACGCCUACCGAAAUCCAGGAAAAGUCCCUUCCUGCCGCAAUCUUCGGUCAUCGUGACUUGCUCGGUGCCGCUGAGACAGGAAGCGGCAAAACGCUGGCUUUCGGUUUGCCGAUGUUGGAAGGAAUUCGAAAACUGAAGCAACUGAAUGAACCAAUCGUCUUUGAUAACGAUGACGAAUCGGUCACGGUUCAUGGUGAUCAUGAGCUAACGCCACCACCAGAAGACUACGAACUAAGCCCGGAGGACCAGAAGGUGUUUGCAAUGGGUGGCAAGAAAGGAAAGAACCAACCGGUAGAUCCAAACAAACCCCUGUACGGCCUAAUUCUAACGCCAACGCGUGAGCUGGCCGUACAAAUCAAUGACCAUCUGAAGUCGGUUACCAAAUACACCGACAUUAACAUUGCCACCGUUUUCGGUGGAUUGGCCGUGGUGAAGCAGGAACGUAUGCUGCGCAAGUGUCCGGAAAUUGUUAUCGCCACACCGGGACGCUUGUGGGAAUUAAUUCAAGCUGGCAAUCAGCAUCUGGCCAAAGUGAUGCACAUCAGAUAUCUGGUUAUCGACGAGACGGAUCGUAUGCUUGAAAAGGGCCACUUCGAGGAACUGAAACAACUGCUGGAACUGAUCAACUCGAACGAGGAGGCCAAGAAGCGACGGCGUAAUUACAUUUUCUCCGCCACACUUACGAUGGAUCAUGAUCUUCCCGAGCAUCUGAAGAAAAAUCCCAAAAAGGCCAAGAAAGUGAUGAAAGAAACGCCUGGACAACGGUUGAACAAUCUUAUCCAAACGAUCGGUAUGACCAAUCCGAAGGUAGUCGAUCUAACUAAAGAGCAGGCUACCGCACAGACGCUUACGGAAUCGCGUAUCCUCUGCCAGACGCCACACAAGGAUUUUUAUCUGUACUACUUUCUCGAGCGUCACCCCGGACGCACGCUCGUGUUUUGUAACUCGAUCGAGUGCGUCCGGCGGUUAGUGUCACUGUUCGAGUAUCUGAACUGCCAUCCGUUGAGUCUGUUCGGAAGUAUGCAACAGCGGCAGCGUUUAAAGAAUCUGGAACGCUUCACAACCAACCCGAAGGCACUGCUGAUAGCGACGGAUGUGGCCGCCCGUGGUCUUGACAUCCCAAACGUAGAUCACGUUAUACACUAUCAGGUACCGAAGACGACGGAAAACUAUGUUCACCGUUCCGGUCGUACGGCUCGUGCUAGUAAGGAGGGUUUGACAGUUCUGUUGAUUGGUCCGGAAGAGGUGAAGGCUUAUGUGAAGCUGAAUCAGGAUCUUGGCCGUACCGCGGAUCUACCGUUGUACCCCACUUCCGACCGUAUGAUGCGACAGAUCAAGCAACGCGUGCAGCUGGCACGUGAUAUCGAAAGGCUGGAGAUGCAGCAGCGACGCUCGGGAGAGGAACGGUCGUGGGAGGACAAGCUGGCGAAGGAGUUCCGCGAUGAAUCCGAUGUGGAUAGUGAGCAAGAAGAGAUGCGAAAGCUAGAGCAGGUCCGGCAGAAGCGACAGUUUAAGGCGAAACGGUUGGAACUGAGCCGUUUGCUUGCCGUACCGCUCGUGCUGGAUCGUGCCGAGAUGCGCUAUCCUUCAUCCAACAUCGGUGUGCAGUUAACAGCAGAGAGCGACCAAUCGGCCAUUAGCUUGAUACAGCGAGCGGUGCAGGAACGACACAAUGAGAAAAAACAGCGUAAAAAUAAGCAAAAAGCGAGCAAAUGAAACGAUGUACAUGCGUCCAACAAACGCAAUCAAGUGUUUUCUUUUUGAUUUUUGGAAAUAAUUUACACCUUAAACGGA